GGUACACAGAAAGUUCUCUUUUUGGUUGGUAAUAUUGGCACCUAGAAAGUUAGGUACAGAAACAAAGAAAGCUAUGCGUACAUGUAUAACUUCGUCAUCAAACUGUUCUACGAAGUCCCGUACUCACCCUCUCCAUUUGCAUACUGUACGGACCCCCCCUCAACCAACAAAACCACAUCCCCUUCGUCGUUCGGCUUCGUAGUCAAAACCUCCAACACGCCGCAAUGGACACCACGAACUUUGCGGUAAACUCACUCUUCCAAUCUUCGUUGCUGUUUGGAUUCCGAGAAAAACUCGCAUGAAUAUUGCUUCUUCUGCUGCUGCUGGUCUGCGAUUGGGUAGUGAAGGAAUGAGGAAGAAUCCAACCUUAGUUUGCACUCCUUUAAUGGCGGAAACAGUGGAUAAGAUGGUGAUUGAUAUGAGUUUGGCAAAAGCAAGUGGUGCUGACCUUGUGGAGAUAAGAUUGGACAGUUUAAAGGAUUUCGAUCCCCAUGACGAUCUGAAAACUCUGAUUAGAGGAUGUCCUUUGCCCACUCUAUUCACUUACAGACCAACAUGGGAAGGUGGUCAGUAUGAUGGUGAUGAAAAUGAGCGACUGGAAGCACUUCGAUUUGCCAUGGAGUUUGGAGCUGAUUACAUUGAUGUUGAGCUUCAGGUUGCUCAUGAGUUCUUCAAUACCAUACUUGGAAAGAAGGCUGAAAAAUGCAAAGUCAUUGUUUCUUCUCAUAACUAUCAACAUACACCAUCUGUUGAGGAUCUUGGCAACCUUGUUGCAAGAAUACAAGCAACUGGAGCUGAUAUAGUGAAGAUUGCAACAACUGCCCUGAAUAUUACUGAUGUUGCACGCAUUUUCCAGAUAACUGUGCAUUCUCAAGUUCCAAUAAUAGGGCUUGUUAUGGGUGAGAGGGGUUUGAUGUCGCGUAUACUCUGCGCCAAAUUUGGUGGUUUUCUCACUUUUGGGACCCUUGACUCAAGAAUCGUUUCUGCACCUGGUCAACCAACAAUUAAGGAUCUAUUAAAUCUAUACAAUUUCAGACAUAUAGGGCCCGACACAAAAGUAUUCGGUAUUAUUGGAAAGCCUGUUGGCCACAGCAAAUCACCUCUUUUGUACAAUGAAGUAUUCAAGUCAGUUGGUUUCAAUGGAGUUUAUGUGCACUUGUUAGUGGAUGACAUUGCAGAUUUUCUCCAAACUUAUUCAUCUGCAGAUUUUUCUGGAUUCAGUUGCACAAUUCCUCACAAGGAAGCUGCACUUAAAUGCUGUGAUGAGAUUGAUCCAGUUGCAAAGUCAAUAGGUGCUGUUAAUUGCAUAAUACGGAGACCAACCGAUGGGAAGCUCUGUGGUUAUAAUACUGACUAUGUUGGUGCCAUUACUGCUAUUGAGGAUGGACUUAGAGGUUCACAUAACAGCAGCAGUCUAACUGGUUCACCUUUAGCUGGUAAAUUGUUCAUCGUCAUUGGUGCUGGUGGUGCAGGCAAGGCACUUGCUUAUGGUGCAAAAGAGAAGGGGGCGAGGGUUGUGAUUGCCAAUCGUACCUAUGAUCGAGCGAGGGAACUUGCAGACACAAUUGGAGGAGAUGCUUUAUCUCUUGCUGACUUAGAUACUUUCCACCCAGAGGAUGGCAUGAUUCUUGCAAACACAACAUCUAUAGGAAUGCAUCCAAAAAUUGAUGAAACACCUAUUUCUAAGCAUGCUUUGAAAUCCUACUCGUUGGUUUUUGAUGCUGUUUAUACCCCCAAAAUAACCAGGCUCUUAAGGGAAGCUGAUGAAUCUGGAGCCAUAACUGUUAGUGGGUUGGAGAUGUUUAUAGGACAAGCAUAUGAACAAUUUGAGAGAUUCACUGGGUUGCCCGCACCUAAGGAACAUUUUAGAAAAAUAAUGGGAGACUACUCAUAAGGUCUGGCUAUUCUUUUGUUCUUCACGCAUCUCACUUUGGGCUUUCUAUUGGUGGGAUGUAAUACAAGCUAUUUUACUUAACACUCUUAUCACUUUCCUUUCAAUGUUAAGAAGACUUAUAGUUUCAUUAAUUCAUGAUUCCUUGAGACAUUUUUCCCAGGAUGUUUUUGGGUGUUUGUAUAGCCAUAUCAUAGCUGUUUUUCUUAGCUCUCAGGCCUAACAGAAAUUGGGCAUACUUUUUAAUACCACUCUAACCAUGGUUAAUUAGCUGCAAGAAUUCGGUGUAAUUGCCUUACUUAAAUAAGAAAAGAUAUUAUCUGGCUUUGUUUCUAAA